AUGGCUGGAGUUCAGCUGGGGCUCGAGCGACGGAUCAAUGGCGCCGAUGACGACAAUGACUCGGCUCUUGAUGACAAGGAAGCCCCCGGCAUCCGACGCUUCUAUGCGCGUCUGAUCUGGGCCAGCCAAUUCGUUCUCAACCUCUUGCUACUCGCUGCCAUCAUUCUCGUCGUUCGAGAUGCCGUCGCAGGGACCCAAACCCAUCGGAAUUUCCCCUACAGCGCCUACCUCGCUGCCCAUGUCGGCCUUCUUCUCUUCUUCCUCGCUGGCCUGCUGCCGAACCCUGAUGGGCCAUGGUCGCCCACCGCUUCCAACUGCCACUCUUGGAUUGCUGGCGCAAUGCUCGAGGGCGUCAUCAUAGCCCUGUUCGGUACCCAACAGCGAUAUAUCAACUUGCAGCCGAAACUACGAGAUGCCCUGAUCGGUUUGGGCAUAGCCAGAAUUGCCACCUUGGUUGUCAUGAUAGGCCUCACGGUACGCCGUCACUAUGCCCUGCGAUCAUCUCUGUUGAGCUCGACUACCGGGGAGCGUCAGGGCCUAUUGGAAAACGGCAACGGUCACGCAGCCCCCGGAGGAAAGAAGCCGCGUGACCCUCAGAGCUCGGGAUGGUUCGACUACUUCGCCGGUUUUCGCGUCCUUUUCCCCUACCUGUGGCCCAAGGACUCGGUCCUGUACCAGGCCACUGUCGUGGUCUGCUUGAUCCUGCUAAUCUGCCAGCGCAUUGUGAACCUGAUGGUUCCGUUGCAGCUUGGCGUGUUGGUUGAGUCCCUGGGAUACGGCCGCAUUCCGUAUCGAGACAUCGUGCUAUACGUUGUCUACCGCGCGUUGCAGGGUAACCAGGGGGCCAUUGGUGCCGCCCGCUCGGUCCUGUGGAUUCCCGUCUCGCAAUCGCUCUUCCGCCGCCUCUCAUGUGCCGCCUUCGAACACGUGCUCGGCCUCUCUCUCGACUUCCACCUCAGCAAAAAGAUUGGCGAGGUCACCACUGCCCUCAGCCGCGGCGCCGCCAUGAACAGCUUCCUUGAGAACUUUGUCUUCCAGGUGUUCCCCAUGGUCUUCGACAUCUUUGUCGCCGGCAUUCUAUUCUUCGUCAAGUACGACGCCUUUUACACCAUCAUCGUCUUUUUCAUCAUGUGGUCGUACAUCUUCUUGACCAUCUACAUGGCCAAGUACCGCGGGCGCCAGCGCCGGGACAUGGCCGUGAAAUCGCGCGAGAUGGACGCCGUCAAGACGGACGCGAUAAUGGCCUACGAGACGGUGCAGCACAACUGCGCUGUUGGUCCCGAGACGGAGCGCUUCCGCGGCCAGGUCGUCACCUACCAAAAGGCCGAGCGUCUGGUCCUGUGGUCGCUGAACGGUCUGAACCUCACACAGAGUUCCAUCUUCUCUGUGGGGACAGCCUUACUCGUUGCCGUAUCCGCCUACAAGAUCUCCAAGGGCCAACAGACCGUGUCGGAAUUCGUGAGCCUGAUUGUCUAUUUCUCACAGCUGCAGGCUCCCCUGAACUUUUUUGGAACGUAUUACACUAUGCUCCAGAACAACCUGAUCGAAGCGGAGCGUAUGCUGGAUCUGUUCAAAGAGACUUCCGGAGUCAUUGAAAAGCCCGACGCUACCAAGCUAGCCGACCCUCGGGGAGAAGUGGAAUUCCGAGACGUGAAAUUUGCCUACCAAGGCAAGGCUGGCAAGAACAAGCCCGCCAUCGACGGCAUCAGCUUCAAGGUGGCCCCGGGCACCAAGACAGCCAUCGUUGGCGAGUCGGGCAGUGGAAAGUCGACUUGCCUCAAGCUCCUCUUCAGGUUUUACGACGUGGACGACGAGCGAGGCUUGAAGCUGUCCGGUGGCGAGCGGCAGCGCGUCGCUAUCGCUCGCGCCAUCCUCAAGGACGCCCCUAUCUUGCUGCUGGACGAGGCCACGGCGUCGCUGGACUCGCAUACCGAGAGGCUGAUCCAAGACGCCCUGGAGAGAGUCACGUAUGGCCGCACCACCGUCACGAUCGCCCACCGCCUGUCGACCAUUACGGGCUCGGAUCAGAUUGUUGUGCUCCACAAGGGAAGCGUCGUCGAGCGUGGAACCCACCUGGAGCUGCUCGCUCUCGGGGGCCGCUAUCAUUCGAUGUGGGAGAAACAGACGACAGCGGAGAAGACGGAUAAGAGCGUCGAGCGUUAG